CUGCUCUGCGCUUGCGCGCAGGUACCCGCAUGCGCAGUAGGGAGGCAUUGGCCCUCGGUCCUAUUGGCAGGAGGCUGUACUGGACACUGAGAGGGACCCGGCGCUCCGAAACGUAUUUUGCUCCCUUCUCUGACUUGGUCACGCACUUAUCUCCAUUUCCCUUUAGGACUCCACAUGGCUGCCACCCACACUGUGCUGAUGCGGCUGGUAGCCUCAGCGUAUUCUAUCGCCCAGAAAGCUGGCGUGAUAGUCAGGCGUGUGAUUGCUGAAGGAGACCUGGGAAUUGUGGAGAAGACCAGUGCAACAGACCUGCAGACCAAAGCUGACCGACUGGUGCAGAUGAGCAUCUGCUCUUCACUGGCACGGAAAUUCCCCAAACUAACAAUUAUCGGAGAAGAGGAUCUGCCUUCAGAAGAAGUCGAUCAAGAGCUGAUAGAAGAUGGCCAGUGGGAAGAAAUUCUGAAGCAACCAUGCCCAUCACAGUACAGUGCUAUUAAAGAGGAAGAUGUAUGUAUCACUUAUUUUUUAAUUUGCUUAUGUCUUCUUGAUAAUGUAACAGUUCUGAUUGGCAUUGCUUAUGAAGGAAAAGCCAUCGCAGGAGUUAUUAACCAGCCAUACUACAACUACCAGGCAGCUCCGAAUGCUGUGCUGGGGAGGACAAUCUGGGGCGUGUUAGGAUUGGGUGCCUUCGGCUUUCAGCUCAAAGAAGUGCCUGCUGGGAAGCACAUUAUCACAACCACCAGAUCCCAUAGCAACAAGUUGGUUACUGACUGUGUUACCGCUAUGAACCCUGAUGAUGUGCUGCGUGUGGGCGGAGCAGGAAAUAAGAUUAUUCAGCUGAUUGAAGGCAAAGCAUCUGCUUAUGUAUUUGCAAGUCCCGGAUGUAAGAAGUGGGAUACCUGCGCCCCUGAAGUUAUAUUACAUGCCGUGGGAGGCAAGUUAACCGACAUCCAUGGAAAUGCUCUUCAGUAUAACAAGGAAGUGAAGCACAUGAACUCUGCAGGGGUCCUGGCCACACUGAGGAAUUAUGACUACUAUGCGAGUCGAGUUCCAGACUCUGUGAAAAGUGCACUUGUUCCAUAAAGGAAAAUCUCUCUACUUAGCUAGAAGAACUUGUUUUUCAAAAUAAUACAUUUAAAAGAAACUGGAUGGAAUUUAGAGUCCACCUAUAUUAUAUUCAUUAUUGAUCAGCCAUUUAUAUUUAGCUGCAUAGGGGUAGAAAGUGGAAUUAAAUAAUUUAUCUUUAUCAAUCAGCCAGACAAGUUUUGGCAUCUAGAGAAAUCAUAAAGUCCGAACGGUCCAUUUCUUUCCCUCCUCUGUAGAGAGUGAAAGCUUUAUUGAUAGUUCCAAUUGACUAUCCAGGUUAAUUGUUUAAGCAACAUUCCAAUGUGUAACCUCGAUUCCCUUACAGCACAGAAUCCAAGUUGUUACCUGAAUCUCAUUCUUGUUUUUAUACAGUAGUUUUCAAAGUUUUCCUACUGUAGUGACUUAAAUGUCAUUAUGAAUAAUGAUAAAAGAGAUUUAUGGAAAGUUUCUUUAUAAUAAAUUAUUUCAUUCUA